AUGCAGGGGUUCAUUUCUCCUCGACGUGACCGACCGUGCAAUGCUAACCCGGACGAUCACCGCUGGACAUUGAAUCACAACUAUCUUGCCCGAUGCGGCAAUCACAUCUUCCGUUCUGGGGAGGUGGGAGCCAUCGACCGCUACCAGCACUUCGGAACAAAUACGCUUUACCUUAGCAUACCAAACAUUGCCUACGAGGCCACACCGAGAAUUGCUUGGAAGAUGAGCCGGUUCGGACCGUGCUAUCGGGUUCCGAUCUUGGAGGCUUGCGAUCUAGAAAUGAAUCCUCCGAAGCAGACCCACUGGUUGGUGGAUCGCCGUUUUGGUGGCGGCGUUGCGUCAGUCGUUCAUGCAGGAGCGGCUGUUCAGAGCAGUGAAGCGAAGAAUGUUCGCAAGCGACGGCAGGCGCUUUCAACAACGACCCACACGAUUGAGUUGCCUAACUUGCACAUGCGAGACUCGAACGGCUCUCUGGCAGCCAACCACACGUGCAUCAUUCAUCAACUGAGCGAGUGCGGUCUGGGAAACUAUCGCGCUGCCGUGCACCGAGACACACCGUUGCUCCAUCCACCAAUCAGCAACAUCAACUUCUUAACGCACGUCUUCCUUCAAACAUCGCAAGUCGGACUCUGUGCUGUGCUCGUCCAGCGCAAGUCACCGUUGUAUCAGCCACUUUCCAAAUGGUGGGAGGAAGGUUCAUGGUUCCACUUUCGCCGCCGACCUCACCACCUCAUACAGCCUACUGUCACAGGUGUAUCGAUGUCUGCGAAGUCUGCAGAUUCAGCACCGCCCAGUCCAGCUAAUCGACUGACGCCUCGCUCAGCAGAGCAGAGCGUCAAAGCGGAUGAUGAUGACGAAGAGAUGGUAGAUUCAGGAGGCGAGGACGAAGACGAUGCGCUCGACAAAGUCAACAUGACUCCUGCUGAGAUACGUGCUCAGAAGCGGAAGAUGAAGCGGCACAGACUUACACACACGCAGACUCGCUUCUUGGUGAGCGAAUUUGCUCGUCAGGCUCACCCUGAUGCAGCACAUCGCGAUCGAUUAGCACGAGAGAUUCCUGGCUUGAGCUCUAGACAAGUCCAGGUCUGGUUUCAGAAUCGUAGGGCGAAACUGAAGCGCUGUUCUACUGCCGACCGCGACCGUAUCAUGAGGUCAAGAGCUUUGCCAGCUGAUUUUGACAACACAAAAGCACUGCGUUCGCAGUAUGGCGCAUCGCCGUCCUCAAUGAGUGCAUCGACACCAGCCGCGAGCGGAGGUCCAACCUUUGCUGAUCAUACGAGCGCACGAUCUCUGGCAUUGGAAACGACGCAAAGAAUGUCAGAGUACGACGGUCGUAAACAUGCCUAUGCGAGUCCUACCGGCGUCAGUCCGGCACUUGGAUCUUUCGCAUUCACUCCUCCAGCAGCGGGUAACAUUUCACCGGAUUCAGGAGAGGUUUUGUCGCCAUACAUUUUACAGCAUCCCAACGUCCAGGACACUUCUAGAAGACACGGUAUUGGUAUGCCUCCUGCGAGCCAUGGCUACCCUCAUCAGAGCGCCUCGUACCAACUGCCGUAUGAGGAGCGACUGGUGAGACAUGCCGCCGAUGUGACCAGCACACCUCUCCGAUCGAGUGUCUCACAUACGGGACUUCGUACCACAUCUGGCAGCAUACAUACUCUGCCCGAACGCUCAUCAUCGUUUCCAGAGCAUGAUUCGCAGGAGAGAAGCGGUUUCUACGCUCACGGGAACCUUGUAACUCCCGCCGCGUCUGAGCAGGAGCCAUUCGGCCUUGGAUUCUCCUACUACCAACAGAGCGAACGAUUGCAGCAGCAACCAACGGUGGACUUUGACGUCUUACGCCGCACUUCGAGCCUUGGUUCCAUGUACCAGCCCUUUGCGACCGCUGCGUACACACCCUCGCCGUACGGCCAACACGCGCCUCACCAGCUGUCCUCCACACUACCUUCAGAGUACCGCUCGCACUUGACGAACGCUGGCCCGAUUGAGCACGCAAUUGCCUCUCACACUUCCCGCGAAUACCAGCCUUCAUCGGCAUCACGACCACCGCACUUUGCAACCGGCGACGAUUUCAACUCGAGCUUCCAGUUGAGAACAGACAUGAACGAUACGAUCCUUCCACCGACGUACUAAGCGGCUUGCGAUCAUGAACGAUGAACGGAAAUGCGACGUUCCAGCAGAUCAUGACAUUCGUGGCACCAGAAGAUUCCUUCUGAGAAUUGCGACAGAUCAAACAGAAAGAGCUGCGCUACAUAUAUCACCACGCCCACAUAUCACGUCGCCGAACAGCGUUGGAGCGGCGAUGCGAGCGGUGGACACAUUUUCUUCUUUGGCUAACAGGCCUCACUUCUUCCUCACGUUGAGGACCAGCGCAGGAUGCUGAUCAUGCAAAGCGUGUGGGACAAAAAGCUUCACUUCAGCAUUUGCACCUGGAUACCCCCUUCGGCCGAAUCUUUGCAUUC